AGCAAGCAAGUUGUCUUGCUGCGUAGUUCACCAUUGAAGAGCCUACUAACAACAGCUCAUGUUGUGUUGCCUACUUGCCUUCUCUUUUUUCGCAUACGCUGACACUGUCAACCCUAGUGUGAAUCCGAAAAUCCCCUGCUUAUUCUUCCGCAUUAGGCAUUAAGACGUUAAACAGAUAAACGCUCUCAGCUCCAGCAACUCCUACCGGCGAUGCCCUGUGCCGCAACAUCGCUGUUGCAAUCCACAUCCAAGGCCCUUCCAUGGCAACACAAAACCCCUGUGGCAGUAAUUCGAUUCAUCCAUCUCCAUAAUCCUCAUAUAAAAUUAGCUCCGUGCGCUGCGAUCAGGAGCAGAAACGGUAGCGGCGGCGACUCGAGCUCUCCCCGUCCUCGCGGUCGGCCCCGCAAGCAGCCCAAGCAUGCAAAUGAAGCCUCCCCAUCGCCCUCCCCGAGCACCGCUUCCGCUCCGGACCCAGCCGGGAGCCUGUCAAAUUCGCAUCCCUUACUCAAACAACCCGCACAACAGCAACAGCAGGAUCAACAGCAGGUAGUAAAGCGCCCACGUGGCAGGCCGCCCCUCAAACGCGGCGACCUGGACGCAGCUGCAGCCGCCGCCCCCCGGCGCCCCCGCGGCCGGCCCGCCUCGCCCCCUCUCACGCCGGGAGCGCUAGCUUGUCGUGAUCUGGAGCUGCGCACGCUGCUGCUGCGGCAUCUGGGAAUGGAGCCUGAGGAGCUGCGGCCGCCUAGCGCCAGCUGGCAGCGGCUGCUGGCCUCCAUGACGCCCGCCUCCCUGGCGGCGCGGCUGGCGGGGCUGGAGGAGGUGCUGGGGCGGGAGGCGGUACGACACAUCGCCCGCCGCUGCCCACACAUCAUGCAGCUGACCCCUCGCAUGAUCUCCUCCAAGCUGGCCGCCCUGAACACGCAGCUGCAGCUGCCGCGGGCGCAGGUGCUGCAGGCGGUGUGUCGCUUCCCCUCGCUGCUGGGCACGGACCCGGGGGCGGUGGGGGGGCGGGUGGCGCUGCUGGGGGCGCUGCUGGGCAAGUCCCCUGAGUUCGUGAGCACCAUGGUGGCCAGCCAGCCGGUGCUGCUGUGCCUGGCGCCCGCCACCCUGAGGCACCGGGCGGGGCUGCUGCAGGAGGCGGCCAGCCUGCUGCCCAACAAGUGGGGUGCCGAGCUCCGCACCCUGGCCCCCUCCACGCUGGGCCGCCUGCUGCGCUGCUCCGACACCGUACUGCAGCGGCUGCUGUACAUCUACCUGCGGGUCAGCCAGAACGGCAAGAAGUACGGUAACAUAUUCUCCAUGAGCACCAUCUGCUGCCGUACAGCCGCCGCCUGGAACUGGGAGUACCCGCGCUUCCAGGACUGGCUGGCGGAUGGGGAGCGGGACCGGCGCAGCGGGGCGGUGACGCAGUGGCCGGG